UAAAAGAGAGGGAGGGCCCGCUGGCUGGGAAUGCCGGAGUUCUGUGAGCAGAGCGGCGGAGCUGGGAGAGCCAGGAGCUGAGAGCUGGGAGAGCCAGGAGCUGAGAGCUGGGAGAGCCAGGAGCUGAGAGCUGGGAGGGCCAGGAGCUGAGAGCGGGGACUGCCAGGCCGAUCACUCAGCCCAGUCUACGGGCUGCGUGACUCACAGCAGAGGGGAAAGCAGCUGGGGCUGUCUCUGUAACGUCUCUCUCCCCGCUGCCCUGAAGGAGAGAAACAGAGAGGAACCUUUCUAAAGAGCUUUUCAGAAACCCGGUCGGACGCGCCCGAACGAUGGCGAGGGUUUAACAGCGCCCGGUGCGCGGACGCUGACCGUUUCUCCCGGAUACCGAGCCCGUUCCGCCACGCCGACCCGCGCCGCUUAGCGCCGACGUUUGCCAUGGAGCAGCCCGCCAGCAGCUGCAUGAGGAGCGGGGGCGGCCCCGUGUGGGGGUGCGUUCGGAACCCGCACGCGGGGGUCCCCGGGGCGGGGCUGCCCCCCUACCAGCAGGUCCCCUUCUCCCUGCACCAGAAGCCCGAGUUCCUGGCCUACACGGACUUCCCGGGGCACUGCCUGGGCCCGGGGGCGUACCCGCGCGAGGAGAGGCCGUACGCCGAGCCGCACGGCGGCUUCCCCAGGGCCGAAUGGCCCUUCCCCGGGGGCGAGCCCCAGGGCCGGGGCCCGGAGCCCUGCGCGGCCGCCGUGGCGGGAGUGGGGGUCGAGGGCAUGGGGGAUACAGGGGCCCUCGCCAGGGGCCUGGAGGGGGAGCACCCCGCUCACAGCCUGCUGCCCACGGAACACGAGAAAAAGGCGUCCAAGCGGAAGAAGGACUCCACAGAAAACCAGGACCCCGGGUUCAAGGCCGACCCCAACUGCAAGGCCCGGAAGGAGAGGACGGCCUUCACUAAGGAGCAGCUCCGGGAACUGGAGGCCGAAUUCUCCCACCACAACUACCUGACCCGACUGCGUCGCUACGAGAUUGCCGUCAACCUGGACCUCACUGAGCGACAGGUAAAGGUGUGGUUCCAGAACCGUCGGAUGAAAUGGAAAAGGGUGAAAGGGGGACAGCCCGCAUCCCCCAACGACCUGGAGGGUGAGGAGGGGGACUCCGCAGCCUCGCCCAGCUCCGACUGAACAAACUGGACCGCCAGACGAGGCGAGCCAGGCGCCCAGCAGACGCUACCUGGCUACAGGUGUUACAGUGGCCAUCAGGGCAGGACCCUGGAUACAAAGACUUCUGAAUCCCACUGCAACUGGUUCAGACAUGCAGUCUAUGGCAUACUUUCUGCACUGUAUAAAUGCUUUUUUUUGAGGGGGGGGGAGCAGGCAUUGACAAGGAUUUAAGGCUUGGGUGUAUAGGCCGCAUUUCUUUAGAUAUGGACUAUCCCAUGAAAUAAUAACUUCAGAUACAGGUCAAAAACUGCUGCUCCCUACCUGUCUGGAAAUGUUGCGCAAACGUUGUCUGGAUGUUGCGACAGGAACCUGGGUGUGAAACUGGCGUGUAUCCAUGGCCCAUGGAAUUCCCCAUUACCCAUAAGGCCUUUUGACGAGCAUUCCAAAGCCUCACCACUACAAGUGCCUCUAUCUCAGAGGGUUCUGUUUUGUGUCCUGUUCUUUCUAAAAUAUUGUUGAUGUUUUUUUCUGAUCAAACGCUUUUCUUUUUUAAAACAUUAUUUUUAAACAUAUUGUUAUAUCCUUGCAGGUAAUGUAAAAUAUGGAAUAUUAAUAAUAGCCAAAUGAAAGCUUGAAUAAAUAUUCCUCAACAAUUAAAAAA